AUGGCACAAAUACAGCGCCCGCUUGUGAUACAAUCGCAGUUCGUUCGUCAAUUCUGUCCGCAGAAUGUCCGCCGACAUGGUGUUUUGCUGUUCUCAAGGAGCCGGCAGCAACGCCAACUAUCGACGGCCACUGUAACGGACCACGACAUCUCGCGGCUCGCAAGCCUCCCAUUACACCCGCUCACCCUUGCCGAUCUUGUAAAACAUGGCCGGCCACCCCUCACAACCCCACAACUCCUCACCUCCGCAAACUUUACGCUUUCGAUAUUGCCGGCCCGUCUCGCGCAUCGCAUCCAAUCGCUGAGGAAUCUGCCCUUUAUCGUUGUUUCCAACCCGCACAUAUCCAAGAUACACUCGAAUUACAUCCACAGUCUCUCAACCCUCCUACCAUGGGCAGAGCACGAGAUCACAACGCUAGAAGAUGAAGUCAAGUUUACAGAGGUCAUGGCGGACCUCGUCAACACGCACAGUAACACCAUCAGUAUAUUGGCCCGCGGUUUUCUCGAAGCGCGGAAAUACAUAUCUCCUAAAGACGUCACGCGGUUCCUGGACGAGCAUUUGCGGGCGCGGAUAGGCACAAGGCUGAUCGCGGAACAGCAUCUCGCCUUGCAUUUCUCGUCGCAGCCGCACGCCGAGAUCAUGCACGAGAGCUCCGACAGCGAGGGCUGGAAUGGCGUCAUUGACACUAAGCUCAGACCUGCAAAGAUCGUGGAGCAUUGCGGAAACGUCGUUGGAGAGAUCUGCGAGCUCAAAUAUGGCGUUCGUCCGCAUGUCAUCAUCAACGGAGAACCCGGUUACACAUUCGCGCACGUCCCGGUGCACCUGGAGUACAUUAUCACAGAGCUUCUUAAAAACGCGUUCCGCGCCACGGUGGAAAGCGGUAAGGAGAAAGAGCCGAUCGAGGUCACCAUUGCGCCUCUGCCAGAGGAGUUGCCCGAGGGCAGGGACGCCGAUGGCGUGGAUGUCCGGCCACAAGUCAAGAAUGUCGACCAGGGAACCACGGAUGUAGCGAGCAACCGUUGGACUGGCAAAACGCCUACCGCACCCUCGUCCUCCCAGAUCCUGCCCCUCGCGCAUAGCACACCAGGCGUCACAAUACGUAUUCGCGAUCGAGGUGGUGGGAUUGCGCCCGAGACGCUACCGCAUAUCUGGGACUACAGCUUUACGACCUUCAACGAUGAUAAGGCGUCUUCGACACUGUCGGGAAGGAGUAGCAAUAUGGAUGCUUUGAGCGCUAUAUCGGGCCCUGGUGGCGACGGCGCCAACAGUCUUGCGGGACUGGGAUAUGGGUUACCGCUGGGGAGGGCAUAUGCAGAGUACUUCGGUGGUGGGAUAGCGAUCCAGAGUCUCUGGGGGUGGGGCACGGAUGUGUAUUUGAGCCUCAGGGGAGUGGGCAAAGUGGAAGAAGAAAGCUGGUCCUAUAGAUCUACGAAGAAAACCGGUGCUGGGGCGGAAUAG